UCGAUGGAGAGUGCUGCGGGUACCACCUAUGUGGUAAACUGACGGUUAUCUCCUAUGCUGCUAAUUUUGAAUCACAGUCCGGGCAAAAAGCGAUGUUUUGACGCUCGGCUUUUUUCCCUUCAAAGUAUGACGGAUAGACACGUUGGAUAAGGAGGGAUAUUUUGUGUCUGAAUAUCGUACGUGUGCCCAGUUGAUUGGAAGGAUGGAAACUCUGAUCCCCACCAUCAACCGGCUGCAGGAGGUCUUUCUCACUGUGGGCGCAGAGAUCAUACAGCUGCCUCAGAUAGUCGUGGUUGGAUCACAGAGCAGUGGAAAGAGCUCUGUGUUAGAGAGCCUGGUCGGACGGGAUUUCUUGCCUCGGGGCUCAGGAAUAGUCACAAGACGACCCCUGGUGUUGCAACUUGUUAAUGUUGCCCCUCUGCAGGAGAGACUGAAGAUUGAGAAUGGAAAUGGGGUAAAACAAAAUGUCCAAAACAGCUACCCAGGUGUCAAAGCUGAAGAAUGGGGUACAUUCCUGCACUGCAAGAACCAGAUCUUCACAGAUUUUCAGGAGAUCCGUCGGGAGAUUGAAGCAGAGACUGAUCGCAGUUCAGGCGACAACAAGGGAAUCAGCCCCGAGCCCAUAUACUUGAAGAUUUUCUCCCCCAAAGUCCUCAAUCUCACGCUGGUUGAUUUACCUGGAAUUACUAAAGUUCCUGUUGGGGACCAGCCAGAGGACAUUGAGGCUCAAGUGCAAGAGAUGAUCUUGUCCUUUAUCUCCAACCCAAACUCCCUCAUCCUCGCAGUAUCUCCUGCCAACUCUGACUUGGCCACCUCUGAUGCACUGAAAUUGGCGCGUGAGGUUGAUCCAGAUGGUCGCCGAACACUGCUGGUGGUCAGUAAGCUGGACCUGAUGGAUGCAGGGACUGAUGCACUGGAGGUCCUUCUGGGUCGAGUCAUCCCAGUCAGGCUGGGGAUAAUCGGGGUGGUUAACAGGAGCCAGCAUGACAUCAAUACCCAGAAGAGCCUGGAGGACUCAAUGAAGGAUGAGCAGGCCUUCUUGCAGCGCCACUACCCCUCGCUCGCUUCCCGCGCCGGCUCACGCUAUCUGGCCAAAACUCUCAGCAGGCUUCUCAUGCACCACAUCCGGGACUGCCUGCCAGACCUCAAAACCAGAGUGACCGUGCUGAGUGCCCAGUACCAGGCAAGGCUCAACAGCUAUGGGCAGCCGGUAGAGGACCACAGCGCAACCUUGCUGCAGAUUGUCACCAAGUUUGCUAGUGAUUACUGCAACACCAUCGAGGGAACAGCCAGGCACAUCCAAACCUCAGAGCUCUGUGGGGGUGCUCGGAUCUGUUACAUAUUCCAUGAGACCUUUGGCCGCACUUUGCAAUCCAUCGACCCCCUCGGGGGACUGACUGAGCUCGAUAUCCUCACUGCCAUCCGCAAUGCUACGGGUCCACGGCCAGCGCUUUUUGUGCCCGAGGUUUCCUUUGAGUUGCUGGUGAAGCGGCAAAUUAAGCGGCUGGAGGAGCCCAGUCUGCGCUGUGUAGAGCUCGUUCAUGAGGAGCUGCAGAGGAUCAUCCAGCACUGCUCCUCCUUUAGCACACAGGAGCUUCUGCGAUUUCCCAAACUGCAUGACUCCAUUGUGGAAGUAGUGACUGGAUUACUGAGGAAGCGCUUGCCGAUUACUAAUGAUAUGGUACACAAUUUAGUAGCAAUAGAGCUCGCCUACAUCAACACAAAGCAUCCAGACUUCACAGAUGCAGCGCAGGUCUCAGCAUCUGUCAACAGUCAGCAGGCAGAGGCCCUUGACGGAGGGAAGCGCUGGAAGAAUGAGAAGGUUGCAGAAGAGAAGGCCCCGCCUGCAGGCUUUGGCAGCCCCAGCAAAGGCCAGGCCAUUAACCUCCUCGACACAGCGGUGCCCGUAUCCCGCAAGCUGAGUGCGAGAGAGCAGAGGGACUGCGAGGUCAUCCAGCGUCUCAUCAAGUGCUACUUCCUCAUUGUCCGCAAAAGCAUCCAAGACAGUGUGCCCAAGACAGUGAUGCACUUCCUGGUGAACUUUGUGAAAGAGCAUCUGCAGAGCGAGCUGGUGGGUCAGCUUUACAAACAGCCACUGCUGCAGGAGCUGCUUAUUGAGUCACAGGACACGGCACAGCAGCGGACUGAGGUUGCUCAAAUGCUCGAGGCGCUCAAAAAGGCCAAUAACAUCAUCUCUGAGAUCCGCGAGACUCAUCUGUGGUAGCCAGAGGACACGAACAAAUUCCCUUGUCAUAGGACAGCUUUGAGAGUAUGAGUGUAUGUGAGUUUACAUCAGAGAAAGUGAGAGUGUGUGUCUGGUGUGCGGUGUGUGUGUGUUUCUAAAUGUGUGGCAGUACCACUGUUUUCUCAUGGACCGAUGACCAUAGCACAUUCAGAUCUAGAGCAGUACAGUGGGGCUGUUGCUUUUCUCUGUGAACGUUGUAUUGUAAUGGAUAUUAAUUUAACACUCAGGCCGAAACCGUUAUUGCAAAGCCGAAAUGUGAAAGACACAGCCGCGAACAAAAUCUCUUUGUAUCAUUCUGUGACAAAAUUGUUGGGUUGCUGCCGUAAAUGUCAAAUGUAAAUUAUAUGUGGAGUAUUUAAAUUAUUCUCCGGGGGUGUUUUUUUUCUCUGAUCAAAAUAUGUUCAUACUGUACAGUUUCCACUCUUUCCAAAAACUGGGGUUCCUCUGAGCCCCUUCAGCAGGUGCUAAAAACUAUGUUAGAUUAGCUGUUUUCCAACUUUAAUCCCCUUUUGUUGGGAGCCCUCAUUGGAGAUAGAAAUGAAGUGGAAAUCCAACUCAAAUCAAUGCUGACUGCAUUGCAACAGUGAAGUGGUCAUUUGCAGAAAUUACGGGAUGAAUCCAGAUUGUUUUUUCCAGCUGUGUUGUGCAAAUCAAAAUUAGGUUUAUUUUCCAGAGUCACAUUUACAUAUCAGUCUGUUUACACUGUUAGUUGUGCAGUCCUAAACAACGAGACCAAACAUUCCCAACAUUCCUUUCCCUCUGUUUAUGUCAGGUUUUUAGGAGACUGAGUAUGUAAGCUAUAGUAUGCAGUGUAUAUAUACUAUGGUAUUGGUGUAUUCUUAUGAUUAAAAUAUUUAUUUAAAAAAUGUCAGGAGAUAACAUUACAAGGGUAGAUGGUAUGACUUAAAUGUUCUGUAGCUUCUCUUCACUUCCCCCAAAGUAAUUAUCCACACACACAUCUACAGACUUCUUUUUGUGGAUACCUCUUGCAUGCAUUCAUUCUGUGAACUUAAAAACUUAAGUUAGCCAGAGCCAUUUGCUUCAGAGUCAGUAAUCACCUCACUGUGUAAUUUUGCUCAAUGUCUAAAGAUCAUCUUUUACCAUCUGCUGUUCCUAACUUAGGUUGACAGUUCAGGUAGAGUCCUCCUCUAAGUACCGUAGCAACUGAUAUAAACCGUCUCCCUCAGCUAAAACAAACAUCCUAAAAAUUUGACUUUUUCAGGAAGACCUGCCUUAACUACACCAUCAAACAGUAACUCUGUCUUCUGUGUGAUCAGGGAGUGAGCACAACAUCCAGUCAGUCUUUCUGAAAACCCUGUGCAAGCUUGCAUGUGUGUGUCCAGUAUGCAUGUGUGGAUGUAUGAACGAAUGGUUCACGUACAUUUUGUGUUAUUUAAAUGUAUAUUGUUAUCAUGUGUCAACUGCCUCUGAGUUCUUGCUUGCCAAUAUCUUGUGAUGCGUGUUUACCAAAUGAAGUCUGUUGAGAUUUGAGGGGCUCAUUAAACCCUAACAAAGGACA